AUGCCUAAACUCAAAGACAAAGUCAAAUUCGCGUCUGUCCAGCUCGGUUUUCUACCACUUUUGCUCGUAAUUGCGGAUGGGCCAUUCACUGCCGCUUUUCUCCUGGAAGCGUCUCCGAUCCAUUUGGACCGUCGGGAUUCCGUUCUGCGCCAUCCUUCCCGCGCCAUGGUUCGCGAGGAUGAUCGCGAGCGAGAGGGCGAGAGGGCGAGAGGGCGAUGGGCAACUCUGGGUCCCCCCUGGCGCGCACUCAGAAUUGAGUUCUGCUCUGCUGCGCCGACGCCACCUCGAGCUGAGCUGCGCCGAUGCCGGCAAGGCUGGACAAGAAGUUAUGCAUACUCCAGGAGGCUGAUACUGGUCGGGAAGUAUCUCCGUCCCCGUCCCGGCCUUCCAGAGAAUGCAGAGAAUGCAGAAAAUGCAGAGGAUGCAGAGGAUGCAGAGAAUCUGGCCGGUCCUCUGAGUCCAGACCCGAGUCCAGUCCCUAUCUUGAUGGAGACGGUCAUGAAACCAACCGUCGCCGAGCUUUGGAUGGUUCCCUACCCGAUCGAUCGUCCGACAGCGGUGCCCGCCGUGCCAGCCGUCCUAGCCGUCCUAGCCGUCCUCGUGUACCUACGUACCGGUAAUGAUCUAAAACGGGCUUUUUCCUCACAAGCACAAGCACAAGCACAAGCACAAGCUCACUUUGGGUCGCGGGAAGCAUCCGAAUGCGUGCAAAUCGAGGGAGCCUCUUUGAUUGGUCACAUGGUGGUCGGUACCGGGAGGUGCCGUACUUCCUGGUCGCAUCCCCACGGCCAUGGACGCUGGACGCUGAUUGGACGGUGGACAGACAGAUCCAGAUCAGUCGCCGUCCGGAGCUGCAGACCGGGCGUCGUUGGACGAGUCAUGGUGAUAACCGCUGGCUGGUCCCUCGGCCGCAACUCCAUCGAUUGGCGAGUACCGGUAUCCCUUUGCGCUGACAGCGGACGGCUUAUGCGUCGGUGGAACGCCAUCUGCCACAACAAACCGACGCGCGAGCCUCCAAGCAAACACGGCAGGAAAGACGGCACCCACAAAGUCAUCAUGAAGGGCCUCCCGAUAUUCCACGACGCAAGCAAUUACCAACAGCCAUUCGCAGAGCAAGACGCGAGUAUCCGAGCACAGAACAGCCGGGUGGCGGUCACGCCAGACCCGUACUCGAGACAAUACGGGGAGAAGAACGAGGGGCCCAGAAUCGGGGAACGGGUUUCUGGGCUAGUGCAGUGCCGAGAGGGCAUCGAUCACCAAGAGACACGCACUCGUUGCAUUUCCAAACGCGACGAGAAGAUUAUGGAAACUUCAAGGAUACAGGAAAUCGACACCCCAGCGUUCAGUGCCGACGCUGGGGCACGCACACUCGGCUUGGGCUUGUCGACCGAUCAUGUGCUUGUCGACCGAUCAUGGGCUAGGCCACGGCCUCAAUCAUCGGCCGUUGCGUCGUCCGAAGAUACCUGGAUAUGA